CGGCAAACUUGUAAAGAGCUGUUAAAUUCAUUUUUAUAAAAUCCUUUUCUAGAUUUUUUAAUAGAAUGCGAUUGGCGGCAAUGUUUCUUACAGGUCAAACGUCAAACUCAAACCUCAAACUAUUUUUUGCAUUUAAAAAUGGAAAGUUUACUGUUAAACCAAUGUUAAAGAUAUCAGAAUUUUGACUUUAGGUAAACUGUUACUAGAAUUAUAAUAUUUUUGCAAAUAUUUGUUAAAAUUGUAUCUUGCAACUGCAUGCGCUUCUCACUAAUAAUGCCGGUAGAGAACAUUUUAUAUUCAGAAAAAUAUUCUGACGACCUUUAUGAAUACAGGCAUGUGAUUCUACCGCCAGAUUUAGCAAAGUUAGUACCUCGGCCACAUUUGAUGACUGAAACAGAAUGGAGAAAUUUAGGAGUCCAGCAAAGUCCGAAUUGGGUGCAUUACAUGCUCCACACACCUGAGCCCCAUAUUUUAUUAUUUAGACGACCCCUUUCUCAAAAUAGUACAAACAGCUAAUAGUUUUUAAUAUUCAUGAAAGAAGUUAUGGAGAGCUGAUAUUGCUUCAGGUAUCUAAAUACUUAUGUGUUGAUAGUUUUGUAUAUAUGUGAAUGUUAUAUAAUUUAGUAUUUUUAUACCGAAAUAAAAUUUUGUUAGUUAAGAUAUCAGUAA